AUCACCUCUCAUUUAAACACCAUUCCUGAGAUUCAGCUAUCUGUUCAGUAACUCUGCUUCUUCAAAUCCAAGAAUUGCAGUUAUAGUGUUUGUUUGAAGGAUGGUGAGAAUGUGGUUAGCAGUAGCAGUGGUGUUACUGAUUGUAGGAAGCUCUGUGGAGGGAAAACCUCAUCGGAUUCUGGUGGAUACAGAUGUAGACACCGACGAUUUCUUUGCUCUUCUCUACCUUUUGAAACUCAACACAUCACAGUUCAAAUUGGAGGGCAUCACCAUCAGCGCAAAUGCUUGGACCAAUGCUGGACAUGCUGUUAAUCAAAUUUACGAUCUGCUUUACAUGAUGGGAAGAGAUGAUGUUGCAGUUGGAGUUGGUGGUGAGGGCGGAAUACUCUCAGAUGGUACCAUACUCCCCAACGUUGGUGGAUAUCUUCCAAUCAUAGAACAGGGAAUGACAACGGUGGGAGAUUGCAGGUACAGGCGCGCCAUUCCUGUUGGUCUUGGAGGGCGUUUGGACAUUGAUGCCAAUUAUGGUAUCAGGAAAGCUUUCCUACCACAGGGAAGAAGGAAAUACAGUCCAAUGNAACAAGCAAGCGCACAGGAAGUGUUGAUUGAAAAAAUAUCUUCUGGUCCCAUAACAGUGCUUGUGAUCGGAGNACACACGAACNUUGGAAUCUUCCUAAUGANUAACCCANAGCUGAAANAGAACGUGGAGCGUAUCUAUAUAAUGGGUGGCGGCGUAAGGUCAAGCAAUCCAACAGGUUGUUGCCCUAAGAAUGCUUCGUCUUCUUGCGUGCCUCGCCAGUGCGGUGAUCGGGGGAACAUGUUCACAGACUAUAAUACUAACCCUUUUGCAGAAUUCAAUAUAUUUGGAGAUCCUUUUGCAGCAUACCAGGUGAUUCAUUCAGGAAUUCCUGUCACUCUUGUUCCUCUGGAUGCAACAAACACAAUCCCCAUCACUGAAAAAUUCUUUAAUGAAUUUGAAAAGAGCCAACACACAUACGAAGCACAGUACUGUUUCAAAUCCUUGAAAAUGGCUCGUGAUACUUGGUUUGACGACCAAUUCUAUUCGAGUUAUUUCAUGUGGGACUCUUUUGCAGCUGCUGUUGUGUUUGACAUGGACAUGAGUGCAGGAGAUUUUCUUGCUCUAUUUUACCUCCUAAAAGUGCCUGUUCAAGUAAUCGACCUUAAGGCAAUCAUUGUGAGUCCUACUGGAUGGACUAAUGCAGCAACAAUAGAUUCCGUCUAUGACUUACUGCACAUGAUGGGUCGUGACGAUAUCCCAGUUGGUCUUGGAGAUGUUUUUGCAAUGAAUCAAUCAGAUCCAAUAUUCGGAGCUGUUGGAGAAUGCAAGUAUAUAAAAGCCAUUCCCAAUGGAAGUGGGGGGUUACUGGACUCAGACACUCUUUAUGGUCUUGCUCGUGAUCUACCACGCAGCCCAAGAAGGUAUACGGCAGAGAACUCUCUGAAGUUUGGAGCUCCUCGGGACACAGAUCACCCUGAGCUCAGACAACCACUGGCCAUGGAAGUUUGGGAGUCUAUAUUACAAAAAACUAAACCAAAGUCUAAGAUUACAGUAUUGACUAAUGGACCCUUGACUAAUCUGGCAAGGGCUGUAUCGGUGAAAAACAUAAGCUCAAAAAUUCAGGAUGUAUAUGUAGUUGGGGGACACAUUAGCAGCCCUGUCAAUGGCAAGGGAAAUAUCUUUUCAGUUCCUUCCAACCAAUAUGCUGAGUUCAAUAUGUUCUUGGAUCCUUUAGCAGCUAAGACAGUGUUUGAAUCAGAAGUUAACAUCACACUCAUUCCACUCGAUACCCAGCGCAAAUCAAGUUCGUUUUCAGCCAUUAUAGGCGAAUUGCGUAGAACACCAAGAACACCAGAGGCCGUGUUUUCCGAGCGUCUGCUGUCAAGGCUAUACCGUUUAAAGCAGUCUCAUAGCAUAUAUCGUCAUAUGGGUACGUUCUUGGGAGAAAUUCUAGGCGCAGUUGUCUUGGGUGAUAGCUAUUCAGGUCUUGGUCCAAAAUUCGAGGAGAAGCCCAUUAAAGUCUUGGCUGAUGGCAAUGAAUCAAGUGAUGGAAAAGUUGUGGUGGAUGAAAAAGGUGGAAAAUUAGUGAGAAUUUUAAGGAGUGUGGAUGCCAAGGCUUACCAUAGUUUUUAUGCAAACAAGCUUGGUCAUAAGGAACAGUCAGCUAAGAUAAGUAGCUUUGAGGAACAGCAGAGAAGAUGGAGUCAUCCUCACAAUUAAAAUUACAGAUCCUCACUUCACUUUGUUUAGUAAGUGAAUUUAUUUCUGAUUCAAUCUCAUUUACCUAGUUCAAUGAGACAAUGUAUAUCAUAUUCUUAGGCAAAUUUCAAUCUGCUUUUUACUUCUUAAUUGCUACUGCGUCCAACUUUGAGCAAUGAAGAAAAAGAGAAAGGUGUCUUCGAGGACUACUUUACCUGCAUACUUUAAAUUAUCAUACAAUAUGAACCACAAGAUGGGUGAAAUAACUAUGUAUCCCUUAAAGAAACAUGGUUUAUUGAAACUUAACUACCUUCUCAGAAGUGACAGCCGAAUCUUGCUCCUUCAAUUCCAGA